UCUGGUAAAUCUCUUUAUAUUCACCCACAGUUACCUUAUUGUCUUAUACUUUUAUGUAUCAUAUGUAUAUGUGUAGUUGUUAAUGUUGAUCAUUUAAUAUACUAUUUAAAUUAAGUUCCAGAAUCAGUUGGCAUUGGUUAUUUUCACUUUAAUAGUUUAAUGUUACAGUCUGCUGUUUCCAAAUGUUUGUUGAUCCAGUAUACAUACAAAUUAUUUAUUUAUUUAUUUAUCUGUUAUUGAGGAAUCUGUGGUACAUGAUUCCUAGUUAAUGACAAAAAUAUUUUUUUUGGAAAUAAUUUAGGCCAUGGAUGGACGAUUGGGGGCAGAUAGUGGUUUAUCGAAUCAAAACACAACGAAAUGCAACAAAGAAUAUGAUUCGAUUCUGGCGGAUCAAAAUGUUCCAAAGGCGACGAGCUUCGACGAGUCGAUGAUUACAGAUUGUAAUCUUAAUGGGGGUUCUGAUUUUAGUAAUUUGGGUCUUAAGUAUAUUAACCAGAUGCUUAUGGAAGAAGAUAUAGAUGAGAAAAACUGCAUGUUUCGAGAGUCUGCCGCUCUUCAGGCUGCAGAGAGAUCUUUAUACAAUGUUCUUAUGGUUCAAGAUCAAGAUCUUAAUGCAGAGGAAACUUUAUGUAAUGUUUCUUCGGUUCAAAGUCGAGAUCUUGCGGCAGAAUCCACAGAUCUUACCUAUGAUAUUAGUGAAUCUUCUUUUUUACCGACCAGUUUUGAGUCACAGUCUAGAUUUCAUCCGUCUUACAGCUUGUUUAGCAGUGCUAGUAAUAUCGUUGAUGGAUUUUCGGGUGCACCUGUGCAAUUUCAAAACGGUAUAGAUGAAGCAAGUAGGUUUCUUCCGAAUGGUGUCCAAAUGGAGAAGACACAUGAAAGUAGCUUCAUCCCAAAUGAAUCAAUAGGAAAAAAGAAUCCUUAUUCGGAAGAUCUUGUUGAGGCUGAAAGGAAUUCAAAGCAACCCGCAGUUUAUAGUGAGCCAGAUGUGAGUGUGAGAUCUAAGAUGUUUGAUGAUGUGUUGCUAUGUGAUGGACCCAAAACUCACCCUUUUCAAUGUGAUUUUGUUUGCAAAGAGAUCGCUAAUAAAGGAAAUCCGGAUAAACCUAAGGGGUCUAAUGUGGUUAAAGCCUGUGAGAAGAAACAAAAGGAAGUGGUGGAUUUGCGAACACUUUUGAGCCUAUGUGCACAAUCGGUUUCCACCAAUGACCAAAGGGGUGUGACCGAUUUACUCAAACGGAUAAGAGAGCAUGCUUCACCUACGGGUGACGCUAUGCAAAGAUUGGCCCAUUACUUUUCUGCUGGGCUUGAAGCUCGUAUGGCCGGUUCUGGAACCGGAAUCUACAAAAAACUUCUUUCUAUACCCACAUCAGCAGUCGAUGUAUUGAAAACUUACCGUUUGUUUCUCGGGUGCUUCCCUUUUACUAAAAUCUCCCAUUUUGUUUCAAACAAGACUAUCAUGUCUGUUGCACAAAACAAAACCAAACUGCACAUCAUAGAUUUUGGAAUUCUUCACGGUUUCCAGUGGCCCUGCCUUAUACAACAACUUUCAACUAGGCCCAAUGGGCCACCCGAGCUUCGAAUAACAGGGAUCGACUUCCCAUGUCCUGGUUUUCGACCGACCCAACGGGUUGAAGAGACAGGGCGCCGGUUAGCAAACUAUGCUGAAACAUUCGGUGUUGGGUUUAAAUUCAAAGCGAUAGCACAAAAAUGGGAAACGAUCACAAUCGAGGAUCUUGAGCUUGACGAUGAUGAAACACUUGUUGUAAAUUGUGGUUACAAGUUUAGAAACUUGCUUGAUGAAUCAGUCAUGGUGGAUAGUCCUAGGAAUAAAGUUUUAGAUCUUAUAAGGAAAAUGAACCCGAAAAUUUUUAUACACGGGAUCGUGAACUCGUCGUAUGGUGUACCUUUUUUCCUGACGAGGUUUAGAGAGGCUUUGUUUUUCUUUUCUUCUUUGUUUGAUAUGCUUGAUGCAACUGUUGACUGUUUGACCGAAGAACGAAUGCUGGUAGAGAAAACCAUGUGGGGACGUGAGGCGAUGAACGUUAUCGCUUGUGAAGGCGGUGAGAGGAUUGAACGACCCGAGGCUUAUAAACAAUGGCAGGUUAGGAAUCAACGGGCUGGGUUUCGCCAGGUGGCGUUUGAUCGAAAGAUCUUGAGGAAGGCUAAAGAUAGAGGGACUUCUGAUUACCAUAAAGAUUUUAUUAUCGAUGAAGAUGGUUAUUGGAUGUUGCAGGGGUGGAAAGGGCGUAUGUUAUAUGCGAUAUCGGCGUGGAAACCGGCUUGCUGCUGACAAAGUUUUGUUCUUGGAAUGAAGAUCAUGGGUUGCUUUUCUUGCUGUUUUUGGUAUUUGGAGUUUGUUUGAUGCAGGAGGCUCAGCUGGAACAUUUGACAAUGAAGAGAGAAUUAUUAUUUGAAAAAUUGUAAUUCUCUUAGAGUCAGUUGAAAGAAAUCUUUCUAUUUCUAUUACUGUUGUAAUAAUGCUAUCAGAAGAGGAGUAAUCCAAUAUUAUUCUGGUAGAUUUCACUGUUGUAAUAACUUCUUGUAUUUUAAAAUAUUAACGUCUUGAAUUUUAAAAUAUUUCUAAUAUCUGAU